GGUGUGAGCUAGUUCGGGGGCUGGUGGUACGGUUAAGUUAGUUGCAGAUGAAGGUGGAGGUUAAGGUGUAGCGUUGGAUUGUAUUAGUUUGCUCAGCAGCAAAGUUUGUGUUGUUCUUUUAUUGCUGCCGUACAAGCUAAAUUACAAUGGGAAGGAAGAAAGCGAGUGCUGAUGCAGACGCAGCUGCAGAGCCCCGCAGGAAGUCUCAAAGGUUGUCAGAGAAAGAGCCACAGCCAAAACCAGAGCCAGAGCCAGAGAAGACAAAGGCUCCACCUAAGAAAAAAAAGGUGAAAGAGACAGAAAAGGCCAAGCCAGAGGAGAACCAAGAAGAACCUCAGGCAGAAAAAGAAGCUCCUGCAGAAAAUGGAGAGGCUGAAGCCGAGGAGGCUGCAGCAGAAGAGGUUGACAAAAAGGACAAAAAAGAAGAGGAUAAAGAGUAGUAGUCACAUGCCUGAACUAACAGUUGGCAGCGCUUCCUGUAUCUUCUCUAUUAUACAACACAGAGAAUAUUUUUAUUGACUAUUUCAUAAGACUGCAGUGUUUUAAAGUAUGUAACUGCAAAAAUACAUUUAAAAAAUUUCAAAUUUCAUGGCUUCUGUGAAGGGAAUCAUUUGGUUGUGUCUUUUGUUUAGCUUUUUUAUAAUCUCUAUGGCCUUUAAUUUUGCCCUUAGGUUGUGGUUACCUGCAUGACAUAGUUGUGUCUAUGUCAGGAUUGUGAUUUCUUUUUUUAAGACUUUUUUUUUUUCCUUUUCCCCUCCUAAUUAAGGAACACAUACCUACAGCAUUCCUGGGGUAUGAGGAGGGAUUUCAUAACCUGUAUUGUUUGAGAAUGUAUUUCAGUGUGGUAUAAGUUUGAACAUUUACAAGAUGUGUUGUGUCAUCUUGUUUGUAAUGUUUACUGUAACCAUGUUCUCGAUUACUGGAAUUGUUUUGUUUUUGUUUGUUUGUUUUAAUUCUGUUAGUGUUGGUACAUAUAAAGAAGUUAAACUUCAUUUAUAUUCACGCUCAGAAUUUGUCCUGUAUUUUUGCUUCGGUUAACAAAAUGAAAAAAGUCAUACAGAUUUUGCUACCAAUGUACAGUUUCCUUAUUUCAAAAAAGUACAGACAAAGCUGUUUUUGUUGGAAUGAAUGGUAUAAGAUGGCUAUUAAACUGGGUAUUUCUUUUAUAUAUUUAA